CAAAUUUUAAUCAAAAGUCAAAAGAUCUAAUUAAUUAGUUGAUUACAUGGUUCAGUAUGUUAGUUGUAUGUGUCAAGUGUUCUUCCUUAUACACACGUUUAGUUCCAUAUUAAUUUAUAAAUUAGAUGCUGAUGCCAAAUGAAGACAAAUUAGAUCAAGAUAAAAUCCCCUAUUGAUGGAUUUCGAUUUUACAACGUAGACAACCGAUAAACUUUCAACUGUUAAUCUAUCUCAGCUAUCUCCUAAAUUUGUGACAAUUUGGCUAGCACUGGUUAUACGAUAAACAUUGUUCAAGAAACCCAAACAGCUUACGUUAUUUUUGCUAAAGUAACAUCGAAGUGGGCCUAGGGGUACCUAGCCAAGCGUAGGCCUAUUUUCAUUGCACAAUUACUGUGAUAUUUGUUUACUAGGCCUUACCUGAGUUGGAGAUUUGAGUUUGAACUAAUAUGGCAAUUUUUGCAACGAUAAAUUUAUAUGAAGCAAUAUUCAUCAGCACAUUCCAAAAGUAUUUUCUAAGCUACGAGUCCUGGUUUUUGAGUGUGGCUAAGGUAUCAGACCCAGCCUAUGCCAUGUCCAUUUUAUUCCCGGUUGCUGCGUCAGUCAACACUCCCCUAGGAGCAGACAUUUUGGUGGUCACUCUUUUUGCAGAAUGGCUCAACACAAUACUUAAAUGGUUGUUGAUGGAAGAUCGGCCGUUCUGGUGGGUCCGAGAGCAGGGUGCUGCCCUGAGGGCUCCUGAGCUGAGACAGACGCUUGCCACCUGUGAGACGGGCCCCGGGUCUCCCUCAGGACAUGUCAUGGGCUUUGCUGCCGUCCUGUUUGCUCUUAUGCGCUGGGUUACUGCCAACUUUGUGGAUAAAUGCUCAGAUCUUACGCAUCAGCAGAAGAGACGAAGACGUCAGUUGCUGUGGGUGAUUGUAUUGGCAGCACUGAUGGUUGUGUCCAUGUCGAGGAUAUUUGUAGCAGCUCAUUUCCCCCAUCAGUGUUUGCUCGGAGCAGUACUUGGACUGGCUCUCGGGUAUGUGUUGACGGAUCGAGGCAAGUGGUCCUUCAGGGAGAAGUGGCGAGGAGCCUCUAGAUACAAGCUGUUUGUAGUGUCUCUGACUCUCAUCUGCAUAUCUGUUGGUGCCUAUUUGAUACAACUGGCCCUAGGCAUAGACCCUCAAUGGUCCGUGAGAUUGGCAUUCAAGUGGUGUCGCAAUCCAGAGUUUGUCCAUGUGGUUACUACUCCAAUAUUCUCAUUGGUGCGUGUGUGUGGUGCAUCCCUGGGAUUGGCUAUGGCUUCACCAAUAACUCUCAGGAGUGAUCUAAAGUUCUACCCCGUCCUUGGUGUGACUAUGGUCACUAUGAUGGUCAUAUCCUUGCAGAUGCUCAAAGAUUUGAUCCCCACUGCAAACGCUGUCAUGUUCUACGUCUGCCAAUUCUUCCUCCAUGCUACUCUUCCAUUUCUUCUUCUAUUCAUCGUCCCAGUUAUCGCUUCACUUUACAAAGUCAAGGAGGAAUAAGUCUGUCAUACAAUGAUGUGAUAAUUUCUAGUCUCCACCAAAGUUCUUUAGAAAUUUUAUAUCAUAAGUGAUUUUUGUAACAUAAGCAAUAUUUACUAUGAAUGUGUUUUAAACUGUUGAGAAAGUGCAGAUUCUGUUUCAAAAUGGAUGGCGUUACCAAAAUGUAAGGUUGUCUGUCAUGAAGUAUGGUAUAAAUCUAGUCAACUGCAAAAUGAAUCGAUACCUAAAAUGUAGUAUAAAUUAAGAAAAGAUAAUAACAAACCCAAAGUACUUUAAUCAUAUUUGAGUGACUGUAUUUAUUUGGAACCUGAUUAUUUAAAAUUCAUUGUGUAGCCCCUAAACUGUUGAUUAGACUAAUAUUUAAGGUACAUACCUUUACGUCCACAGUUCAUAAAUGUAUGGUCAAACCCACUACAUGUUUCGCCUAUACAUAGGCAUUGUCAAGUGGCCCUUUAAGAACAUGGACGAAAUACAAUAGACGAAACGUUCUUGAAGGACCACUUGACAAUGCCUAUGUAUAGGUGAAACAUGUAGUGGGUUUGACCAUACAAGUAUGAACUGUGGACGUAAUGGUAUGUACCUUAAAUAUUAACCUGAUUAUUUGUUGCAUUGUUGUAUUAAUUUUAGUUCUACUAAAAUUAAUACAGAUUGGUGCUACUACUAUUCUUAAUGAAUGUGUAAAUAAAGAUUAAUUUUCUAUUGUCUAUUGUCUAUAGUUCCAUAUUUUGGCAUAUAGAAGGAAAUAUAGAAAGAGAAAGACUCAAAAGGAAACAAUUUUAUUGUGAUUUAUGUUGAUUAAGUUAGCAGCUGUAAUUUACCAAAAUUGAGUUGCAUUUAAUGAAAAUAAAUUAGUAGGCCCUAAGUGUUUUUAAUACAGUAUAGCUAAAACUUUUUGAAAAUGUCCCUCUAGGAAAAUAGCUAACUAGUCAUAAUUUUAAGACUUAGAUCUGGGACCACUGUACUUCAUAAUUUAGGUUAUAAUUUUGACAUGUUGGGUUUACUCAUAAUAAGGUAAAAUGCUCACGUGAACAGUGUUUGGACUUUUUAACAUAGUCUUUCUUAAAAACCAAAGAACAUUAAUGUGACAAUAAAAAAGUGUAAUUCAAUGCUAGUUAAGGAGCACCAAUGAACUAGGAAUAAAAUUCCUUCUUUCUUUUCGACUAAUGAAUCUAUAUGUACGGUCCCAGAUAAAAUCAAUCAGCAUUUCCAUUAAUUGUGUAACAAUCUAAAUUUUUGAAUCCAACGUAAAAAUAAAGAAUGUGUCAAGGAUGAAGUUGAAUUGAUUGUGAAUACAUUUUUACUAGGCGUUUUGGAGUAACAUUUUAACUCCUCUAAUUUAGGAGACAAUAAACGCCUAUUUUAUUCAAUGACCAUGAAUAGCUGAUUGGUUUAAAAUAACUAGAACACCAAUGUCUUUAUCUUUAUCAAAGGUUAUGUGCCAAAGAUAAUUAAUAUGAAUAAUAAUCCAUUUUGAAACUGUCUGCAGUCAAAGAGCAAAUGGUACUGUAUUUUAAAAUAUAUUUAAAAGCUUUGCAGCAUUUUAUAUAAUAUAGCAUAUUUUCUCAAUGAUAUAUAAUAUAUUUUAUGAUACAGGGUUUCCACAGAUCUAGAAAGUCAGGAGAAAUCUCCUAAAAUUAUAUAACGUCAGGGAGGUUAAUACAAAAAAGAACGUGAGUGCGCUAAUGUGUUUGGAAAGUCUUUAUGUCGAAGUAAAAAAUUACUUAAUUAUUAAUUUUAUCAUUCAAUUUAAACAAACGGCUUUUUUUUUUUAGUUAAAUUUCUUUUGUCCUUUUCUAAGAGUUAACCAAUCACCUACAAACACAAUGCAUUGGUCAUGUGCGUUGGCUUUUGUGUCAAUUGUAAUUUUUUUAUUUAUUGUGAUAUUUUCUAGAUUUCUGUAUGAAGAAGCGAUCAUAUUAUUACCUGAAUUAAUAAUCGUUAUUAAUGACUGUCAAAAAACAUAACACAGGAGACAUGAGGAUGGCUAAGGGCCCAGCUGUUCCUGAUCCUUAGGCUUUAAACAUAUGGUUCUGGCAAACUAAGCUGAUCUUUUUGUCAACUAUUAAUUUCAAACACUUACAAAACAGAAAUGUGUAUCAACAAACUUGCUGAAAGAGCCAGAAAUUAUUAGUUUGUCUGCAGCACCCAGAUAAACUUUUUAACGGUUAGAAAUAUACUUUGUCCUUAUUACAACGUUUCCUUGGUCUGGUCCAAGUCUGUCACUUAGUCAACAAAGCUAUCAAAUCAAAAUCUUGAUAUAUGAGUUCUCACGCCAUUCCACACUCGCUUUGCGUUCAUAUUCAUCUCAAAAUGUGCACUCAAGGAUUAAUUGAUAUGGAGGUCGCAUUUUUCAAUUAAAUGUAGAUAAUGUUGACCGUAAUAAAUAUGAUGUAGGCUAUAAAUAAAAUCACAGGGUGACAAAUCCAUUACGUUCAGGGUUUUUUUUAAGUUUAGAAAUACCAAAAGUUAAACUACUGUGGAAACCCUGUAUUUACCAAAUAGUAGUACAAUAACUCAACUCAACACCAGCUUCAUUGUAGGUUUUAUUAGAAUUAAUUGUUCUCCGAUUCUUCAAUAUUGCAGAUUGACCAUGUAACCUCUUCAAAUUUUAGUUUUGAAUUAUAUAUUCUAUGCUUAAUGAAAACCACUUCACUAUUUCAGCAGAGGUUGUUCACUAUAGUGAGUCGUAUAUACAAUUUUUUCUUAUAAGCUCAUUCCCCACAAAAACAAGCUGCAAGCUUACAAGUUAAUCAGCAAUUUUUAGAUAUAGUAGCUAUACUCUUCAUAACACUACAUAAUAUAAAUACAGUAAACCACAUGAAAAUUGAUAGAUGUUGCAAUAGCUGUUAGUUACUCAUACUGUUUAUGUAGAAAUUCAGCAACAAUUCAUCAUAUCUCAUCAUCAGACCAUUUUAUGGUCUACGCCAAAUGUAAAACUAAAUGUUUAGUUGUAGCAUUAUAUUGCAUCCUAUGCAUUAUAUUUUAUGCACUUUUCUCUUUCUGUAUUGUGGACUUCAUUGACAUUAGACACAUCUAAAAGCACAUUUUCUCUUUUGUUCUCAAAAACUGAUAUGGUUUAAGUGGGGCUAUAAAAUGAUAAUGCACUGUACAUCAGAUGCUUUUUGUUUGUCUGGAUUGCUUUUAUUUUCUGACCGUGGCUUGAUCCAAUAAAGAAAAUUAAAGAAGUGUAAUGAUUAGAGUAGAUGGAUUUUAAAAGGGUGUCAUCGAUAUUUCAAAUUUUUUAAUUAUUGCACUAUCUUAACGAUUUGAUUGCAUUAAUGUGACUUUUUUGUAUUGUUUUUUUUUAGCUUGGCUAUAAUUUGAGUGUUUGAAAAAAACAAGAAAAAUGUAUAUAAUUUAUAUAAUACCAAGACAUUAUAUAAACUCUCCAUUAUCAAAAAUAUUCUUCAUAUUAAUUAACAUUCCUAAGUCUGUUAGUUUAAUUCAUCAAUAAGUAUUAAUGGUUUUAGAAAAUUUGUCAAGCUAAAAAAACUACAUAAAUCAUAAUAUGUGCCCUGAUGACAUUUCAAAACUGUGAACUCAUUGUCUUUAAUUACAAAGUGGAUAAGGAGUGGUGGUAAAAUCAUUUACCAAUAAAUGAUUAUGUGUUUAUGAAUGUAGACAAUAUAUCAAUCUAGAAUGUUGCACACUACAUGCACCGAGCUAAACGUGGCAACUGUUGGCAAAUAAUGUUACCUAUCAUAAAAUUUAGUCAGUUAGUGGAAAAGUGGUUGUAAAUCGGUUUGGUUGACAUUGAUUUGAUGUAAAACAAGUCUGAGCUUUCAGUAAAUGAUACAAACCUAACAUGAAUUAUUGGAAACAAGUUUUCUAUAAUAAGGUUUUCAUGGAAAGUAAUUUUUCCGCCCAUGAAUGUGAUUGAUUUUCUUGUCGUAUGUGUUUUGUGAAUUAGUAAGAAGAAUUAGUAGUCCAAGACUGACAUUUGAUUAUUUCAUGGUGCUUUUCGAGUGAUAAUUUCUGCUGUGGACUAAUUCCAUCCUAUUUUAUACGGUUUUCUUAUUCCAUCCUGUUUUAUACAGAGUGUGAUUUUGUGUCGCGUAAGUUCAUUUGCUGCCUAUAUAUUUACAUCACUAGUUACCAGUUAUGGGAAUACAAUUUGUGACCAUAAAUUUAACGAAAUGUAACAUACCUGCAUCACUAAAUAGUUUAUAAUCACACAAACUAUUAAUAGUAAGUUUAACUAUAAUAAGCUGUAUGUCAUUGAGACUAAUUUUGAUAAGCAAGCUAUAUUUUAUUGAGUUUAAUAUAGUAUUAGUACAUAAGAAAUGUAUUCAAGCUUAUUCAUCCAAGAAGUUUUGUGUUGUUUUGAAGUAAAGAACGUCAUAAAAGA